AUGAGUGUAAAGGUAAUUCUAAUUGAUUUGUGGAUGGAUAGUAGCAAUGGUAGUAAUACUAAUCAACUACUAACCAAUUUGCUCCGAAAUAAACUUGACGAAGCACAAAAUUUGAUAAAACUAAUUAAAACGAAACAAGUUAAAUUUCAACAAAUUCCAUCCGAAUAUUUAACAUAUUAUUCUAUUGUUUAUUAUUUAUUGGAAGCUGAAAAUGAAGAAAUUUGGUAUUUUAAAAGAUUGCCAAUGAAAUACAGAAAUAUGAAGGAAAUUAUUCUAAAGGCAUGUAAACUAAAUGGAUAUGUAUUGAAAUAUGCCAAUCAGGAACUUAGAAAUGAUAGACAGGUUGUCAUGGCAGCUAUCAAAGUAAACUCAUAUGCCAUGAGAUAUGUCAGUAAAGAGCUGAAACAUGACACUUCAUUCAUGCUUAAAUGUGUAACUGAUUGGAAUUAUAAAAUGAUUCCAACCGAAUUGAAAAUGGAUUUGGAAUUCAAUAUUCAAUUAAUUACUAGAUCAUUCAUAUCUUUUGACAAUCAAUGUAACAGUAUUAGAUCUAAUCCAGAAAUGGAAAAACAAAUUCUAAUUUAUUACAAGUAUGAGUCAUUUAGUCGAUAUUAUGAAAGAUAUUUUAAAGAUAAGGAAGUGAUAUUGAAAGUAAUGGAUAGGUACAAAGUAAGAAAUCGUGUUGUACCACCAAUUUUAACAUUCAUCGACAAAACAUUGAGAAAUGAUAAGGAAAUUGUUGUCAAGGCAGUGAGGAGAAAUCAAGUGGAAUAUGAUCAUAUUGAGAAUGAAGAAUUGAGAAAUGAUACUGAUGUCUUGGAUGCUUUUAAUAAUUCAAUAAAUAAGAAAUUAAAGAUCUAA